AUGGCAAUAAACUGGAGAUCCGCAUUUCAAACAUCAGCAGCAGUGCUAUCCCUUGUAAUAAUUCUCAAAGAGCUCCAUGGACUCCUUACUCGAGACACGACCAAGGACAAACUCACAUUACUCCCACCCCGAACCCGCGGUGUUGAAUCCCUCAUUGGCAACACCCCACUCAUCGAAAUCAAAUCCCUCCUGAAAUUCACCGGAUGUAAAAUCUACGCCAAGUUAGAACUUACUAAUCCUGCCGGGAGCGCCAAAGAUCGAGUUGCCCUUGCCAUUAUCCGCAAUGCUGAAUCUGAAGGGCGACUUGUUCCACACCAGGGAAAUAUCAUAUAUGAGGGAACUAGUGGAUCUACAGGAAUUUCCUUUGCAGUAUUGGCGAAUGCAUUGGGAUAUAUUGCUCAUAUUUGUUUGCCUGAUGAUACUUCGCCGGAGAAGCUUCUGUUAUUGACUGCCUUGGGUGCUGAGAUCGAGCCUGUGAAGCCAGCAAGUAUAGUUGAUCCUAACCAGUAUACCAAUGCCGCUCGUCGUGGAGCAGACGAAGUCAACGCUAAAGGUGAGAAUAAGGCGAUUUUUGCGGAUCAGUUUGAGAAUGAUUUCAAUUGGAGAAUCCAUUAUAACACCACUGGUCCUGAGAUUGUGGAACAAAUGGGUGAACAUAUUGAUGUGUUUAUUAAUGGAAGUGGAACUGGGGGUACGAUUGCUGGGGUAGGGAGAUACCUUAAGGAAGUCCAAGGACAAGAUACCAGGAUUAUACUUGCCGAUCCUCAAGGGUCUGGUUUAGCCAAUAGAGUAAACUUUGGGGUUAUGUAUGAUUCAGUAGAAAGGGAAGGGACAAGAAGAAGACACCAAGUGGAUACCUUGGUUGAAGGAAUUGGUCUUAAUAGAUUAACCUGGAAUUUCAAACAAGGAGAGAAGUUCAUUGACGAAGCAAUCAGAGUCACAGACAGCCAAGCAUUGAAAAUGGCGAAAUAUCUUUGUAUAAAUGACGGGUUAUUCUGGGGAAGUUCGUCAGCCAUCAAUUGUGUUGCUGCGGUUAAGACAGCUUUGAAGUAUGGUCCAGGUCAACGUAUAGUUGUUAUUGCGUGUGACUCUGGUGCCCGUCAUUUAUCCAAGUUUUGGAAAGAGGCUACAAAAAUACCUAAUGACGUUACAUUAGAUGAAAUACUAGCAGAAUAG